ACUCUGUCCUGCAGUAGCAGCAGGCAGUGCGGUAAUACAGAAGGCUUGGAGGAUAAGGACCCGAAGUUCUCUCGGCCUCGUUCCUCCAAAUGCCAACACCGGACUCCGAGGGAGAACUCGGAUAGCACACCAGGACAGCGGGGCGGCAGGUCGGGACACUCAGCGAGAACAUGGCGGCGGCGACAACAACAACGACCUGCUCUGUCCCGUGGCGUCAAUAAAUCAAAGAGACCGCGCGACAUAACGGACGAGCAUCUCUUAACCCGGAGAAGAUGAGGCGAGACCUGAAGGCUGCAGUGUGUUUCUAAGCAACAACAAUACAGCGUUUGCUCAAACACACCAUGGGCUACAAGAUUCCCGGAGCAGCGAUGGACAGGGUCAGCUUGCUGUGGCGUCUGAGGCGUCGCGCUCGCCGUGGAGCCAUCUGCAUGACCUUCUUCUGCAUCUCCAUGGCUCUUCUUUAUGCCCUGUGUGCUGAAAAUAGUGUGCCUGUCACAGAUGCCAUCUUUGGUGUGAGAGCACGUACCAGGGCUCAGCCUCGUACACACUCAGUUGUCAAGGUGCUGCGAGGCGGAGCAAAAUCAAUCUACGCAGACCCUCAGAAGCACCCGGGUAUAAUUGCAGGUGACCCUCACCGCCCAAUCCCCGUCUUGUCUUCACCCAACCACACCAACGAGGACUGGGCGUCUCCACCAAAACGAGCAGCAAAAAUGAAAGAGUCCUCAGGUUUUUUUUCUCACCUGCUGCCAGGCCCUUUCACACGAGCACUGGAGACUCUAUUCGUAGGCCGCCGUAAAGGAGAGCUAAGCGGCAAAUCGGGCGACUCUGAAUUCUUCGGGUCUAAAGGGAUUUUAGGAGAUGUGUGGAAUGAUGAGAUGUCCAGCAGCAUGCUGGGAAACAGGCUGAAGAAGGUGGUGCAGAACUAUCAGGCGAUGAAUAAAUAUGGCGUAAAGGUGUCUGGACCUGGUGGCAGCUCCAACCGGCCGAAACUGAGUGGCAGGGAGCUGCUCUGCCAGCUCAAGGAGAAGGUAGCGGUCACCACUUUGACUUCUGAUCAUGAGCCUUUCUCUGCGUUGGCCUGGGCUCCCCUGUUGCUACCCCCACAACAGCUGACCUCUGACUUAGGGCCAUACAAAAGCUGUGCAGUGGUGUCGUCUGCAGGGUCGCUCCGCAACUCCGGACUAGGCAAGGAGAUUGACACUCAUGAUGCGGUGCUACGGUUCAACUCUGCUCCCACCAGCGGCUUUGAGAAAGAUGUUGGCUCCAAAACAACCAUCCGUCUCAUUAACUCACAGGUGAUGGCAUCUGAUGACCAUCGCUUCCUGUCCAGUUCUCUGUACAGCUCAGGUGUUCUGGUUGCCUGGGACCCCGCCCCCUUUUCCUCCAACCUCAGUCAGUGGUACAACCACACAGAUUAUCCCAUCUUCAAUCAGUAUCAGAGAUAUAGGAGGCUUCACCCGCAGCAGCCGUUCUACAUCCUGCAUCCUCGCUUCGAGUGGCAGCUGUGGCAGCGGAUUCAGGACAACAUGGCUGAACCCAUACAGAAGAACCCGCCCUCUUCUGGUCUGCUGGGUACCAUCCUGAUGAUGUCAAUGUGUGAGAUGGUGCACGUCUACGAGUUUCUGCCAUCUCGCCGGAAGACACCACUCUGCCACUACUAUCAGCGUUUCUAUGACGCCGCCUGCACAUUUGGGGCUUACCACCCGCUGCUGUACGAGAAGAACCUGGUCAAGCGCAUGAACCAGGGUUCCGAUCGGGACAUCUACAACCACGGGCGCGUCACACUGCCUGGGUUCAGUGCCAUGAAUUGCACAGCAGAAGCGGUGCAGGAGCACUGAGUGAAACAUGCAUGACAAGUGAGGAUGGACUCAUGUAAACCUCAUAUUUGCUGCUUUUCUUUAAAGAGUACCCUAUGUUGAUAUUUAAUGACGAUCACACAGAAAACACUGGCGUGAAAUGACAAAAACUGGCACUAGCACUUAUAUGUAGGUAAGCUGUUCCAAACUAAGAAUUACAUACAAUCAAAACCUAAACCUCUGCACAUUCCUUACUGAUGUUUUAGAAAAUUUGAGAAUCCUUUACAGUACUAAGAAACAUUAGCUAAACAUAUAGAGAUAUCAAAUGAUUUUAAAAAGUAACUGCAAAUUCUUUCACUCCAAAAGCAGGAUUUUUGUUUGUAAAAAAAUUUUUACCCUGUGUCCUAAAAACUAAAAU